AUAUCCGUUGAGGUGCUUAUUAUGACUAUGUGCAACAAUGAAUAAGCAAGCAGCCUUGAUGAAGAAGCCGUCUGUCUAAACAAACGGAACUCUCUCACUAGUUAUUAUGCAUAGCUGAAUCUGUGUAUCCAUGGUGUAGAAAAAUAUGAAAGGAGGAUUAGUUGGUGUCGUGACUCCCAGGAGAUUCAACCCCAAUGGAGAGAACACUAAGAAGGGAGAUCAAGCAAUUUCUUUUACUCCAGGGAAGGACAGGGAAAUCAUGACUGAAGCAGCCCUUUCUUCGAUCAACAUCAAUGCGAUUUCUUCGAAACCCACCUGCAAAACUCGUCAGUCUGUGAAGCCAAACCAAGCAAAUUCCAAACAGACCAAGCAGGAACAGACACCCAUCAAAGUUUCAGAUGGGAACCCUACGGUGGUAUGGAACAAUGCAAUCUUCCAGUCUGAGGAAGAUGAAGUAUGGGGUGUCAGGGCAUGCAGCUCGAGUUCAACUUCAGAAAGCCCCUCUCAAUCUGUGGCAGAGGUGUCAUCAAAUGCAAUGGGAAACAAGGGACAGGACAAGAAAGAGCUACAUUCCACCAUCGCGAUUAAAAAAUUGCCAAGUUCCCUUCCAAUUCCAUCUGCAGAAAGCAACCCAGAAGCCCGAAGUUCUAGUCCCGAUGUUGAAUCUAUAGCCAGUUCAACCCGAGUCCCAAUUCAUAUAAAACAAAGUGCACAGCCCAUAAAGAAGGUCUUGUUCAGUACACAGAAUGUUGACCAGAUCCCAACAAUAGGAGAGUCUGGAGACCACAAGGAUAAUAUCGAUAGUGGCAUUGAAGAAAUAGAGAAGGAGAUUUCACGACUCACAGAAAAACUUGAGAGAUUGAAACUUCAGCAGGCAGCAAAACAGAAAAAUCAAGAGGCACAAUUUUCUGAGCCACAGAAAGAGUUGAGUAGUCCAAAGAAAACUGGUAAAGUGGGGGAACCUCAAGGAUGUAUAGCAGAGGAACCCAAAAGUUCAGAGAAACCAAGGAGGGGAAGAAUUGUGUCUGCAAAAUUUCUGCAGUGGGAUUCCUCAAAGAAAGAACAAAAGCCUUUUGAAUCUAGCAAAAAGGGAAAGGGUGGCAUUAGUCCCAAGAUCCAGAGAAGGGCUGCCAGUCUGGGUCCAGCAGAGCAUCUCAGAUUUUCUCAGAUAUCUGUGAAGUGUAAAGGGGAUGAACAUGGUGUGCAAAAGUCUAAUCCUGGAUCUGCCAGAAAAUGGUUAAGAGGGAGUGACAACACAAAGAGUACAGACAUUAUGCGAAGGUUGAGUUUGAGUCCUAUUCCUCAGCAUCCCAUUGAAUCAAAAGGUUCUACUUUGAGGUCUGCUGGAUUAGGAAGAAGCCUGAGCGCCAGAAAGCCAGCAUCAACUCCACUUAAAGAACUUGCGAGAAGCGCUCAAUGGUUGCAUCCGAAGAAGUUGUUCUCAGCAUCAGAUGCCAAGAGAUCCAUCAAUACUAAUACUUUGAGCCUAAGCAGCAAGCCAUGCCCAGAGCAACCCCAAAAGCCAUCUCCUUCCUUGAAGAAUGCACGGUUUGUGGCAAGUCGGUAUGGGCAGGCCUUAACACCUUCAAAGGAAAGAGCCGCUAAAACUCCUCAAUCUAGCUUGAGCUCUUUAAGAAAUGCACAUGGGAAGAGGAUCUUUCCAGAAGAUGAACUUGAACAUGUGAACGGUAAGAUGGAUAAUAAUUCUUAUAAAAAACGCACUGCUGCAGCUUGCAGCCCUAAUGUAAGGAAUCCACAGACUGAGAAGACUGUUGUCACCUCAAGAUCAAGAACUCCUGGAAAGUCUGCAACAAGAUUAGAGCUUAAGAAGACAGGAGGUGUGUUGUCAAAAGAUGGCAAGUCCACAGGUACACUAGCUAGAUAUGGGGCUAGAGAAACAAAUAAUCAACAGAAGGGAACCCAAAAUAGAGCUGUCGUUGCCAGCAUAUCCAAUGUAAUCCAAGAUAACCCAUUGGAAAGGGCUAACCAGGAAAGUAACGUGCCAGAUGCUACCACAACCUAUGUUUUCUCUGCGGGGAUUAAAUCUCCUGACACACUAGAACGAAACAGAAUGCAGUUACCAAGGAUUCGGACUAUAAGGUCUGCAGCACAAAGCCCUAGAAAUUCUGGCUGCAUCAAAAGAGCAGUGGAUAGUGUUGGAAAGAAAUCGUUUUUUGCAUCAGAAGAUAACAUAAUUACAGAUCUCCCUGACAAAUCUUCUGAAAGAGAAAUUGUUGAUGACAUAAAACAUGCAUUUUCCUUUGAGGAUGAAGAGGUAGAAAGGUAAUUAAACCUAAUGUCAUAUCCUCUGUUAUGUUGAUAUGCUCAUACUUGAGCUGUAUCUGGUAUUUCUAGCAAGUUCUCUGUUAUAGUUAUUAAUUAGUAUUCUUAGAUUUAUUAUUCUUUUUACUCAAGGUCUCCUGCUUCUAUGUAUAGAAGGACUAGGGAUUUGCAAUUUAUGACCAUAUAUUUGUUUUGUAUUUUCAAGAAGAUUGUCAAUGCCUCUUGAACUGCAUGGUGCAGAAUUGGGUUCUUGUAAACAAAAUGGAACUAAUGAAGUUGGCUAGCCAAAAUGUCAAUGAUGAAGUAUUUAUUUUUGUUU